AUGGCUUAUAUGCAGAAUCAACAAUACCAACAAAGUGCCGGGCUGCCAGAAAUUAAUUUGAACGAAUACAGUGGUAGAAAUGUUGACGAUGUGGUUAACGAACUCGAGGCACUGGGCUAUCGCACACAAAUAUUUGAUGCAAACCUUUUAAUACGAGCACAACCACUACCACAAGUUCCAAAUGAAGAAACUUUGCACAUCUAUGUCAAUAAGGAUCGCAAUACAGUGCAACAGAUUACUAGAAAAUACUAA